AUGAUUUGUGCCAUACGUGGGAAAUAUGAAUCCUUAGGUUGUGUAGCUCAUACGCUGCAACUAGUAAUAAAUGAUGCCUUAUUUACUGAGCAGCGGAUUGAAGAAGUCAUCAAAAACUGCAGAAAAAUAGUUGGUCAUUUUCGGCACAGCGAGCAGGUAUCCAGAAAAUUGAAAAACUGUCAGAAGCAAUGUGGACUGCCAACACACUCCUUACUACAAGACAUUGAAGUUAGAUGGAACAGUACAUAUCUUAUGCUACAGCGAUUAUCAGAACAAAAAAGAGCAGUCAAUCUAUAUAGUGUGGAACAGGGCGGGAUAAACACACUAUCUUCCUCUGAUUGGAACCUUAUAAAUGAUAUCACAAAUGUGUUGAAAUUCUUUUAUGAGGCAACAUUGGAUAUGUCCUCUGAUAAUGCAUGCAUUUCUAUAAUAAUACCUCUUAUAUCACUAUUGAAUCGUAAAUUGCAAAACCGAUAUGACAAUGAAACCGAAGAGGUAGUGUUUGAUACUAGGCUAAUGAAUUUCUAG